GCCGCUUCCCGUCCCUAUGGCCGACCUGGAGCUCUUCGGUAGUCAGCAGCAGCCGAUGGCGGCCGUCGAUAACGGGGCGCUGGACGGCGCCGAGGAGGAUCCUGCCGCCGCUUUCCUGGCGCAGCAGGAGAACGAGAUCGCGGGCAUCGAGAACGACGAGGGCUACAGUAUCCUGGACAGCGGCGAGGUGCCGUCGGCGCUGCAGGUUCCGGAGGGCCCCGACUCGGGUGCUGUUGAUGGAGUGGUUAAUGGAGAUGUCUAUCAGGAGAGUAAUGGUCCAAUAGACUCCUAUGCUGCCAUAUCCCAAGCAGAUCGACUGCAGUCAGAACCAGAGAGUAUUCGUAAGUGGAGAGAGGAACAAAAGGAGCGUCUGGAGCAACUUGAUGCCAACUCACGGAAGCAGGAAGCAGAAUGGAAGGAGAAAGCAAUAAAGGAGUUGGAGGAGUGGUAUGCAAGGCAAGAUGAAAAGCUCCAGAAAACAAAAGCCAGCAACAGGGUGGCAGAUGAAGCUUUCUACAAACAACCCUUCGCUGAUGUGAUUGGUUAUGUCACAAACAUAAAUCAUCCUUGCUACAGCCUAGAACAGGCAGCUGAAGAAGCCUUUGUGAAUGAUGCAGAAGACAUUUUUCCAGGCACUGAGUGGGAACGUGUGGCUCAGCUCUGUGACUUUAAUCCCAAGUCUAGUAAGCAGGCAAAAGAUGUGUCCCGCAUGCGUUCAGUUCUCAUCUCACUCAAGCAGGCUCCUCUGGUUCGCUGAAGGAGAGCGCAAUGGAAACACUACAAAUGCAACAUCUUAACCUUACUCAGAGAAGCUAUGUUUGCAGUAAUUGGAUUAAUUGUUUCAAUGUUUUUUUUGGACCAAACCUCAUGAUGUAUCUAGAGCUGAUCAUUGUUUGAUUGCAUGUUCUUCCUCAUGUUUCCUUUCUGUGUCUGAAAUGGGAGAACCUCCAAAACUGUAGUCUCUGUGCUAUUGUGCACUGAGAUGUCACUUCCCACAUUACUGAUAUUAAAGAUCUGUUAAACAGAAAAA